AUGGCAAGAAGCGUGCGGUAUACACAACUUAACCCUCAAGCAUACAAUCAUCACGAGAUCUAUCUUUCUAUUACUUUCUUCUCAUCAAUCAAUCUACCACAUUCAUCUACCUCAGUAUUACCUCAUGGAACAUUCUUCACAUGGCAGCUGUUGAUCCAAAAAAUUGAAAUUUUGAUCAGUUAUCACAUGCAGGAAAUCCACAUUCGCUGCACAAAGUUACAUUUCAACAUUGAAAAGAUUGAAAGCUGCCCGCGUACUGGGAAAGGUAGACGUACACGUGUUUUAUUCAACACAGUUACGGACAUGUAUUGA